GUGACUCUGGAUCCAGACACAGCUCAUCCCCAGCUUGUCCUGUCUGCGGACGGGAAAGGCUUGAAACGGGGACAUGAGACGCAGGAUCUGCCCGACAAUCCCAAGCGAUUCAAUUCCGUUCUCUCCGUGCUGGGCUGUGAGGGGUUCACCUCGGGCAGACAUUACUGGGAGGUGGAGGUGGGCGUUGGGGGAAUCUGGUCGGUGGGGGUGGCCAGGAAGUCUGUGAGGAGGAAGGGACGGAUGAGCAAUUACCCUGAGCAGGAGAUCUGGGCUGUGGGUCACUGGGGCAGUCAGUACCGGGCUUACACCUCCGGUGAGACCAUUCUGCCCCUGCCUACGAUCUCCAGGAGAAUCCGGGUGGCUCUGGACUAUGAAGGAGGGAGGGUGGCAUUUUUUGAUGUUGACAACAAGCUCCUGAUCUUCAUUUUCCCACUGGCCUCUUUCACCGGGGAGAGACUCUUUCCUUUCUUUUUGGUAGGAUCCCCACUUCGGCUGUAUCCCUGAGAUAGGGGCAAAGGAGAAUGGUCCCAUGUGACCAUAGGGGCUGACUCCACGGGUGCUCCGGGGAUGGAGUGCUCCCAGAAAAAAAACAAUGGC